AUGGUUCAGAUUACAAAUACGUCAGAAGAGGACUCCUACUCCAAUGAACAGACAAAAUUUCAAAGCACCGCAUGGCUUCAUUGGUACAAACAGAGUGCAGGAGAUACUCUGAAACUCAUUGUGUUGCAGCAGAAAAGCAUAAAACCCAAUUACAAACAAAAUGCGUCUACCUCAAGAAUAGCAGCAACAAAUGAUGAUAAAUUCAGCAAUCUAACCAUUCUGAAGACAGUUCUACAAGAUGAAGGAAUGUAUCACUGUGCUCACAUGGACUGGACUGAAUCCGCUUGGACUGGGACUUAUUUAUCCGUAAAAGCAAACUCCAGGACGACAUCAAGCUACGCUGUUCUGCAGAAGCCAGUUUCUGAACCUGCCCGUCCAACAGACUUAGAGACGCUGCAGUGUUCAAUCAUCUCUGAGUCUGAGGACGAAGCCUGUUCAGGAGAACUCAGUGUGUUCUGGUUCAGGACCGAAUCAGAACAGGCCUAUCCAGAAAUUAUCCACACAAAUGACAAAGGACUUCGUCACUGUGAGAACACAGCGACAUUGAACACUCAAAAGAAAUGUAGUUACAGCUUUUCUAAGAACUUCAGCUCUUCUGACAAGGGAACAUUUUACUGCGCUGUGGCAACAUGUGGAGAGAUAUUAUUUGGAAAUGGAAUUAAAACAGCAGAUCAGUCAGCAAGUCCCAAAAUCACGGUGUGGAAACUUUAA